CUAAGUAUUGUCUUCUUGAACCUCUUUAAUGAGUAAUUAAAUUGCGUUGGAAAGUUUAGUGUUACUUGGAGUUUUGGUCGCAUGCUUUAUUGAUGGGAACGUACAUGGCAGCCCAAUUUUCACACUAAAAACGGCUCAAAUCUGCCAUAGUUGAAGAUUUUUUUCGAGUUCAAAUUGGACUUUUACUGGCUGGAAAUGGGGCUCGUUGGGGGCCAGUUCAGGCAAAAAUUUUGAGCAGUGAUUCGAUGGUCGGUUAUUUGGGCCUCUGAUGCUCCCGCUAGGGGAUGGAUGAAUAUUUCAAGCCCCAUUAGUUCCAGGGGGUUGGGAUCAAUUCAAAUGAGUGCAGUUUGCAAGAAUCAUGGCAAAGAGCAUUGUGGGCAUCACAAGAGUUUUUAUGAUAAUCAUCGGACUGUGGAAGCUGCGGCUUUUCCAAGAUCCGCUCAAGCAGCAGACUUAUCAAGUGUACUCCAUUGGAAUCAAGACGGUUUUGUUUGCCAUUGGAGCCUCCUCCACUUUUCGAUUUUUCCAGCUCUUGAAUGAAGACAAUCCGAACUCCACCAUCGUUUACUCCGCUCUCACCAUCAACAUCUUAAUCUACUUGAUGAGUGCCAGUGUGAUCGUUUUCCUCAAGUGUGGAAUUCCCGAUGUUUUUGCCGAAAUUCUUCUGGAGGAAACGCGGGCGCUUAACUCGGAAGAUGAGGAAAUCAGACAGUGCUACUUGGGCCAGGCCGGAUACUAUCAAUUCACCUCCAUCUGCCAGAUUUUCGGCGCAGUUUCUUCGGCAGUGGUUUUCGUCUCUUUGAACGUCUACAAUAAGGCGAAUGGCUUUUUCCAGGAGCAGGAGGUUUUCAUGUAUCAGCUGUGGUUGCCUUUCGAUCCAGAUAAGCAUUUUGUGGCCGUGCUCCUCAUCAAUUUCCUCGUGCUUUUCGUGGCCGUCAGUUGCAAUGUAGCUUCAAGGGUGAUCAUCCAGACCCUGAUCAUUUUCGCCAUCUCGCAGCUGCGGAUCUUGCAAAUUCUCCUCAGAAAGGUGUUUUCCCAGGACGAAACUCAGCUGAAGAGGCUGAUUAGGAAGCACCAAAAGCUCAUUAGGUUUGUGGAAUUUUUGAAUGAUUCCCUGAAGAACCUCAUCUGGAUUGAGUACAUGAUCAACACCGUCAGUGUGGCGGCAGGCCUUUUGCAUAUUAUAACGGCUUCAACACUUUUUGAACGCGUUUACUCCUCCUUUCAUUUUGUGCUCUUAACCGUGCAAGUUUUCGUCCUGGCUUGGAGUGCGAAUGAAAUCAACAUACAGAGUACCAAAGUGGCCCACGCGGCCUUCUACAGCAACUGGAUCGAUCAGACAGAGCAAACGAAGAAAAUCAUCCACAUUAUCAUAAUGCGCGCUCAGAAGCCUCUGGUGUUGAAAAUCGGCAUGUUUCGCCCCAUGAAUGCUGAGUCUGCGGUCAUUACCAUGAAAGGGGCCUACACCUACGCCUCAGUAAUGCUUCAGAAGUACUCGUAAAAAACUGCUUUCUGGCUUAGUUGGAAUGUGAAAUUUUCUAAUGUAGU